AUGGCCACGGGAGGCAUGGGAGGCUUCGGAGGCAUGGGUUGCUUCGGAGCUACCAUGGGAGGCAUGGGAGCACCGACGGGAGGCAUGGGAGCACCUAUGGGAGGCAAGGGUGGCUUCGGAGCAACCAUGGGCGGUAUGGGAGGCUUCAGAGCUACCAUGGGAGACAUGGGUGGCUUAGCAGCUACCAUGGGCAGCAUGGGAGGCACGAGCUUUGGCUCUCUCAUGAGAGGCAUGGGAGCACCUCCGGGUGACAUGGGUGGACACAUGUCUUUCGGUGUGCCUCACAUACCUUCGCAUGAUGCCGUUGGAGAUCUUGUGAACACCAUUCGAGCUCCCAAUGAUGAUGAGGCGCGCGACAAUGAAGAGGAGGGGGAAGAAUCGUCUUCGGAUGAGGAAGAAUCGGAGGAAGAAGAAGACGAUGAUGAUGUGGCAUGUUUGUGGAUGUGCCAUUUGUUCGUGUGA